AUGGCUUGGCUCACAGGUCGCUUCAUGGCCGGCGAAAUGGCCGCCGUCUUGUCCGCAUUCGCCCUCGGAUACCUCGUCCGAAACAGAUGCCACGACAAGAAUACUGCCUCUCAAACCGUCAAACACUACGGCUAUGACAAGAGCCGUUCCCUCGAGAGCAACAGCGAAGCCGUCGACAAGCUCCCCAGCUGUCCGUACGAAUAUCUCCUCGGCAUCUACGGCCGUCACCACUUCGCGCCCUUUGUCAAGGCGUUUAGUCCGACAUUGAAGAAUGACGACCCUGACAAGUACGCCCUCAUCCUGGACAUUAUGGACGCCGUGCACUUUUGCCUCAUCCUCGUGGACGACAUUUGCGACGACAGCACCAAGCGCAAGAACCAGACCACGGCGCACAUGCUCUACGGGUCGUGUGAAACGGCCAACAGGGCGUACUUUGUGCUCACAAAGACGAUCAACAGGGCCAUGCGGGAACGGCCUGUUCUGGGCGUGGAAUUGCUCAAGGCCCUGGAGCAGAUGCUCGAGGGGCAAGACAUCUCCCUGGUCUGGCGUAGGGAUGGACUCAAAGCCUUUGGGUUCGCGGAGGAGGACAGAGUCCCCAUGUACAGAAAUAUGGCGCAACUAAAGACGGGGACACUGUUUGUGCUUCUCGGAAGACUGCUAAACGACGGUGGGGAUCAACUAGAUGAUCUAUUCACUCGAUUCGGUUGGUACGCGCAGCUGCAAAACGAUUGCAAGAAUAUAUAUUCCGACGAGUACGCCGUCAACAAGGGUGGCGUGGCGGAGGAUCUGCGAAAUGGCGAGCUGUCUUUUCCCAUUGUCGUUGCUCUCAAUGAUAAACACGUCCAUUCUCGGAUUGAAGAGGCGUUCCGGAGCCGUAGCGAGGGCGAUAUUGAAAAAGCCAUGGCGGGUUUGCAGUCUCCCAGUGUGAAGAAGGCGUGCCUGGAGGCGCUUCAGGAUGCUGGCAAGGGGUUGGACAAGUUGGUGGCGGUCUGGGGACGACGGGAACAGAUGAAGACGGCGUGA